AGGAAGGCCCUGCGCGUUGCGAGGCGCCGGCGCUCCCGGAGGCUCCGCUUGCUGUUGCCGCCGCGGCCAUGUUCUGCGAGAAAGCGACCGAGCUCAUCCGGGAGCUCCAUCGCGCCAGCGACGGCCAGCUUCCUGCCUUCAACGAAGAUGGGAUCAGACAAGUACUUGAGGAAAUGAAAGCAUUGUAUGAACAAAACCAGAAUGAUGUAAAUGAAGCUAAAUCAGGACACAGUGAAUUGAUUCCAACGAUCAAAUUUCGCCAUUGCUCUUUGCUGAGAAAUCGACGAUGCAUUGUUGCAUAUCUGUAUGACCGCUUACUUCGCAUUCGUGCACUUAGGUGGGAAUAUGGUAGUGUCUUGCCAAAUGUUGUACGAUUUCACAUGUCAGCUGAUGAAAUGGUAUGGUUCAACCAAUAUAAAAAAUCUUUGGCUACUUAUAUGAGAUCACUGGGAGGAGGAGAUGGACUGGACCUUACACAGGAUGUUAAACCCCCCAAAAGCUUGUACAUUGAAGUUCGGUGUUUAAAAGACUAUGGAGAAUUUGAAAUUGAUGAUGGCACAACAGUUCUCUUGAAGAAGAAUAGCCAGCAUUUUUUACCGCGCUGGAAGUGUGAACAGUUAAUCAGACAAGGAAUUUUGGAGCAUGUCUUAUCAUAAAUUAGGUAUUCAUAAGACUGAUGAAAUAACCAUACGUUUAAAUUAUUUAACAGAUUGGGAUAAGUAGUCAAAAUGUCACAGUGCCUUCUCUUCUUUUCAGAAUCACAUUUUUAAGUACUUUAUGAAGAAGAAAACAGAAUAUAGUUAACCUUUUUAGAAGAUCACUGUCUUGAAACAUGUGGACUUUUAAAAUUCAUAGCAUCUAGAUCUGCUUCUAUGUUUGGAUGUUUUUGGAGUUUUAGCCACAUUUGCCAUCUCUGCUCUUUUUAUAUGAAAGAACAGUAUCAGGGACCAGUCAUGAUUUAGUAGAUGUCACAAUAAAGCAAAACUACAAGAUUCUUUCACCACUAAUAAUAUUGUUAUGCAAGAUUUGAAACAAUAAUGAAUUUUGGAACUGCUCAAGUAAGACCUAUUAUAAUGCAUGCAAUUUCUACCUUUUGAAAAGUUUUAUUUGCAGUUAUACCUGAGGAAAGAGUGGGGAAAGGAACUAUAUAAAAUCCAUGCUUUUAUGGUUAUCACUUGCCAGUUUCCCUACUCGUUUUCAUGCUGUAGUAAUCUCACUGAACAGGAGGUUGGACAAGAUGGUCUGCAAGGCCUGAUAUAGCUCUAAUCCUGUGAGAGAUUUACAAAGCUACCACACAUUUUUAGUAAUAUACAAAGCAUAAAUUGCCCUAGAGAUGACUUCUAAAAAGUGGUCAGAUCAACUCAUGUGAUAGCAAUGAUGGUUAACAAAUCCCAGUCCCCAGUAUAUGGCCCUUUCAUACUGUAUAUUUUUAAAAAAUGACAAUCUCUUUAGUUUCAAGGAAAAGAUAACAUUGCUUCCAAGGACAUACUGGGCUUUGUACAUAAUGUGACAGUCUUCAAGAUACCCUUGAGUUAGUAAUAAAGCUUAUCUAUACCUGAAGCUGUGCACUGCCCAAAUAUUGGCUUCAAGACUCCUGAUGAGAGCAGGAAUGGACAAUCCAAGGCCCUCCCAAAGUUUUCAACUCUUUUCAUGCCUCACUUUUCACUGUGCUGGCCAAGGCUGAUGAGAAGUCUGGCCCUCCAAAUGUUCUGACAUGCAAGCUGAUCACACCUGAGUUAGAGGCAAGAGAUUUUCUUGUCCCCAAAAGAGGGAACUUUUCAGCUUGAGGGCCAGAUUCACUUUUAUAGAAACUUGGGGCUCAUGUUCCUAUGGCAGGAGGUCAAAAAUACUGGAAUAUUAGAAUUUAAAGCUCUUUCUGCCAGUAGCUAAGUCUUAGGAGAGACAUUUCAAUUUUUCAGAUGGGGAGAAAGCUGCACAAAUACUGGGAAACUGCCAAACACUCAGGAGCUGGAAAGAGCCAAAGGGAAUAUUGCCUUCUAAGGUACUCUGCAGGGCCGGAUUUGGCCCCAGGUCUGAGUUUGCUUAGCCCAGAGCUAGAGAAAGUCCCAUAGUCAUAAUUUGACCAUUCUUCAAUCCAGAUUGGAUUUCAUUUUUUCCCAAAUUGGUGCCCUCCAGAUAACUCAGACUAGAGAUCCUGAGAACAGGCCAUGUUGAAUAGGGCUGAGAGGAAUUGUAAGCCAAAAUAUGUGGAUGGUUCUGGGUCAGAAAAGGCUGCUUGAGAACAAGAGAGUAAUCUGUCAUAAAAGCAGCUACUUUUAAAAUUGACAGAUUGGUUGUGUAGCUUUUACAAAAUUAAAAAUUUCCCUUAAAUGAAAAA